AUGCCCAUCCCGUCAACUGACAGCGAGCUUAUUUUUCACUCUCCUGCCACCACCUUCGAAAUGCAUUGGACAUCGCUAGCCGCAGAGCUCAGAGGCAUGAUCCUCGAAGCGCUGGCACAUGAGGGCGACGUAGCACACUGUGCCUCAGUGUGUCGAGAGUGGCAAGCAGCUAUUGAACAACUCAACUUUCAUUCACUCAAACUCACAGCCCGGGACAUUCCGAUCUUCAAAAUAAUGGCAACACGGAACCUUGGCCUGAUUAGAUACAUCUGGUACUCUAUCGAACUUCGGAAUUACGACUGUACGGAAUGCGACCUGGACGAAACAGAGGAUGUAAUGGAUGCCAAUCGGGCCACUGUCGAGGAUGGCAUGCGGACGAUGUUCUGUGCUCUUAGCGAACGUCUACCUGAUGGAAAUAUGACGCUCGACAUCAGCAUUCAUUCUCCCUCCGGCUCACAACAUCAUUUCAAGUACAUACGCUUUGAGCCAGCUAACACACUUAGCUCACGCGAUCCCCUGAAGCCUUCGUCACACCAUGACUCAGUGCACAGCUCAUCAGCUCCACUUCCAUCUAUCGCUGCCAUUGACCGGAUUUCCCGGACAUCGAGUUUUCGGAGGGUUCCUUGCGUUACCCAUCUUCUGUUGCGACGGCAGACACGUCGACGAUGGGAUCCUGUCGCUCUCAGUCGACUAACUGCCCGCCUCCCAAAUGUACAAGAUAUAUGCUUUGAACCAUGGAGGGAAUGGGGGCGAUUGAACCAAAGACGCAUGGACAUACGCUCGGAGCGGUUUCUUAAAUCCCUCAUCCCCAACAACAUGGAAAGAAUGAUCACAUUCGAAGACUUGAACGAGACAUACAUAUCUGCCAAUUCAACCGGCCUCCACGAGUCCCUAGAUGCAGAACCUAUUCGAACAGCAAGCACACAAGUGACCAAAGGACUCGCCGAAGCAAGCCUCGGUCUCCAACACUUGUCUGCAGCUUUUAUAAUAGACGCAAGUCAAUUUUGGGAAGUGCGCCAAUCAAACUGGGUAUGGGAACAGCUUCUGACGUUAUCCCUUACCUCUCGCGAUCUCGUGCCACAUACAGAACCGAAGGACAUUAACGGGUUGAUCCAUUCGGCGGCACGGGCAAUCAAGAAGAUGCCGAAACUUCGAAUAAUGGAGCUCUGGAAUGGGGGACAAGGGCACGCUGCUGUGUUCAGAUACAAGAGUGUCAAGGCUGGUGGCUGUGCUAGCAUUGCCUGGCGAGGUAGUUGGAGUUUAAAAUUCGAGACCGGAGUGGUUACAGCAUGGGAGAAUGUUGCAGGAGCCAGCCACGCUGGGUACCUGCAUAUUCAGAAUGAGCUAUUACGACCCUUGCAAAUCCGAUCUCAUGGGGAAGCGGUCCUGAUUCUAGAACUUGAGACCGAGGUGGCUUGUCCCGUGUCGAUCCAGCAAAUUCACAGAGAGCAUCUGCAGAUUACGACUUGA